AUGUCAGGCAGAGCUCGUAGGUACAUGAGUAAGCGAAACCGUGCUUGUGACUCCUGUCGGGCCAGAAAGGCAGCUUGUCGUAUUGAUCAAGCACCUCCCUGUUAUCUUUGCACACUUCAUGGGAAAGAAUGCACAUUCCAACAACCUACCUCAAGGCCACGCCAAAAUUACACCGAGGUGGCAAGCCCACAUAUCACCCAACAAUCCGAGAUAAACCCACGCUCAGAGCUGCAUGAAGUUUCACCAGUUGGUGACUCAGUUCACUACGAUAUGCUGAUGUCAAUUGACGCUGAUGGGGUAGAUCAUUCGGUUGCCGCUGCACCUGGUGAAUUCCAUGACUAUUUUAAUGGAACCGGAGUAUCAUUAUCGGGUGGUUUUGGAGAUGGCACAUGGCCAACUGGGUUUAGUCCAGGGAGCUUUAUCUAUCCGUCCCCUGGGCUGCCAGGGACUGGCCAUUCGGAGAAUGGAGGAGGUUCUUCGCAGACUCCCUCCUUGCCAUUGCUUAUGCAGGAGACUGGAUCAUCCAUUUGCCUUGAUAACCAAGGUGUAAUGACACCGCAAUUGCUCGGCAGUAGUGGCGAUAUGGACCCUUUACUGAUUAGUCGUUAUCAAUACGACGCAUCUGGGGCUUUUCACUUCAAAAAUCUCAACAUCCAGUCCGUAUCCUCAGGGACUGAUACAACACAAUUCUUACUGUCGAAGCCAUCGAUAUUUGCCGCCAGCAGGGAGGAAAACGGAUGCGAUAACGUAUCUUCUUUCGAAUUGAGGCAGGAACUCGAGUCCUUGGUCCCGGCAGAUAUCGGUCUCAGACUCAUCAACCUGUUUGAGAGGAUCGUCGCGCUGGAUUACCCAAUACUUGGUCCACCAGGCCAACUAAAUCCCAGCACCAGCCCGCCAUACCUCCUUGCGAGCGUAUACCUAAUAGUCGAACCUUUCACUAAAUUUGACGAAAGACUAUGCAUUGAUCUCGCAUAUGAUAAGCCAUCAAGUGUGGCACUAUACAAGAUCAUCAACAGAGCGCUUCCAUAUGAGAUACAUGCACCGAAGCUUUGUGUUGUACAGACAAUGCUUCUUUUGGCCAUUCGACCUUAUCCAAACCCAAUUGUAUUGGAUAGUGGCUUCAAAUGGUCCCAGCUCGCCACUCUUAUUGCUUGCGCUCACACCCUUGGGCUACAUUUGGAUCCAAAGUCAUGGCGAAUACCUCCAUGGCAAGUUGCCCAGCGACGUUUUCUGUCUUAUUUCAUUUAUUCGACGGACAAAUGGCUUGCAUUGAGUCUUGGUCGGCCACCUUUACUACAUUAUGACACCUGGCUCGUGACAACUCCUAGCCAAGAGGAUCGUCCUGCCAGUGGACUUGACCCUCUAGCCUGGACGAAUAUCAUGAAGCGAGCGGAACUCGACUCGCUGCUUGAUCGUGUUCUAACCCAAUUAUACUCUCCUCGUGCCAUUAAUACCAUGUGUACCGAUUACGAGAAGACCAUCGCAUUGACUGGUCCACUGCUUGAAGGUCUCUUCUCAUGGCACAAACCGGUAUCUGCAUCAUCGACCGAUUUCAGGUCCUUAAAUCAAGGCAGACCAAGCGGACUAGAGAGAACACUCGAGAUGAACUACCAUUAUAUCUAUUUGAGUAUUUGCAAAGCUAUCUUGAGGCCGUUCCUUCAGCCAACUGCCGAAAACUUGAAUGAAGCUGAAUAUAUAAUGGCACGCGAGCAGGCCCGGGUCCGAGCGGAAACUUGCAUUUCAGCGGCAGCGGAAUUUAUUCACGAGCUGCGCCCAGAGGACCUCGAAGCUCUAUGGCCGGCCUGGAGUGCGACUGCAUUCUCGUCCAUCUGUUUCCAAAUCCUGAGCAUGGCUGCCAGCUCCGUUGACCGAAGCGAGGCAGAUAAAUGGGUCACUUGUCUGCAUAAAGUGCGCCGGGAUAUGCGCCUAAAGGCCGAUGUUCUGCCUUGUCUCCAUCUUGGCCUUCUGCGGAUUGACUCGAUAUUUUGGAAGGGAAUUGAUAACGUGUUGCAUUUGGAAGAGCAUGUCCGACAAGCGUUUGCGUCGGGUUCAAGCAUUGGUCGGCCUCAUGGCGUAAAAGGUCCAGCCAAGUGA